AUGGUAGGUGGAAUAUUCUGCUAUCAUAAAACCUCAAGAGUAAUGCCGAAUUGCCUCCUGCCGCAGGUUUCAUGGGUGAGGAGGCGGGACUGGCACAUCUUAACCUCGGGGACGCUCACCUAUACGCGAGAGGAGCGUUACGGCGUCCAUCACCCAGAGGGGAGCAACGAGUGGACACUGGCCAUCAAAUACGUAGAGCUUCAGGACGCAGGAAUGUACGAGUGCCAGAUUGUGACAGGCGGAGGGGUUGUGUCUCACCUGGUCAACUUGGUGGUGUUAGUGCCCCGGGCGGUCAUACCUGGGGACGGAGAGCACCACGUCGAGUCCGGUUCCACGCUCUCCCUCACCUGCUUCAUCGAACAGAGCGCCGCGGAACCCCAGUACAUCUUUUGGUACCAGAACUCUCGUAUGAUAAACUAUGACCGGGAGCGAGGCGGCAUCAAGGUCCAGAUCGAGACGGGGGAAGGGAGCCGAGUUAUCUCCCACCUGACAAUAGUAGGAGUCGAGCCCUCAGACUCCGGAAACUACACUUGCGCCGCCGCCAACACCAAGCCCGCCUCCAUAGUGGUGUAUGUGACGGAAGCCAACAAGAUCGCCGCCAUCCAGCCCAGGGCCGUUGACCAUUCCGCCGCCCUCCGAGCCGCAGCGCCCCUGGUGUUGGCCCUCGCGACGCUCUCUAUCUUCUUACUACGCCACUGAGGGCCCUGACACCACCCGCCCAGCCCUCUCCCCGCCGCCACCCUCCCCACAGCACGCAGAUCCCCGUCCCCCCAGCCCUGUGUGUGUGUGUGUGUGUGUGUGUGUGUGUGUGUGUGUGUGUGUGUGUGUGUGUAUGUGUGUGUGUUACGUUCCCUUCACGACCUCACCAUGUACAUAUAAGACACUCCGUAGGGACCUGUUACCUAAACAUUACGGACAUUAUCGUGACACCCUCCUCCUCCUCCUCUUCUUUCUCCUUUUCUUCGUCCUUUUCCUCCUCUUUCGUCUUCGCUUUCCCCUAUUUUGCUGCUCAUGUUAUUUAUUUCCAUCCUGCUCUUUCUCCUCCUUUUCCUCAUUCUAUUCAGUCUUACUCCUCCUAUUCCCCUUGUUCACAUUUUCCUUGGUUCUCCUUUUCUUUUUCUUCCUCCUUUCCAUCUUCGCUUUCUCCUAUUUUUAUCCUCAUCUUGUUUAUUUCCAUCCAUAUCCUCCUCCUUUUCCUCCUCCUAUUCAUUCUUGCUCUACCUCCUCUUUUUCAUAUUAUCUUUCCUCCUCCUCCUUCCUGCUCCUUUGUCUCACACCACGACAUGCUUCCCUCACCCCCCCCCUCUCUCCCUCUCUUUCCUCCCUACUCCUUUCUCUCUCACUCGACCACUACCACAUGCUCUCCUCCUCCGUCCCUCCUCUUCCUCCCUCCUUCCAGCACCCCAAUAUACACAUUACCCCCAAAACUUUAGCCGUGUGUUGCUUGGCCCAGCGUUGUUUUACAUUUAAUAUUCCUUCAGGCUCCGCGGAAGGAAUGUGUGUAUAUAUAUUUAAUGUGAAGGAAGUUGUCUAAUGUUCAGUUUUUUCUUUUUUGUAACCCCAUCCUUAAGUGCUGUUUACGUGGCCGCAGGAAGAAGAGAAGAAAGAGGAAGAGACAUGGGGAAGAAAAAACAAGGUGGAGAACGAGGAACAGGAGAAAUUGGAGAAUGAACAGAAACAGAAGGAAAUGGGUAAGGAAAAAGGGGAGAAGGUGGAGCAGGAAGAGGAGGAGGAGAAAUGAGGAAGAGAAAAGGAGGCGUAGAAAGAGGAACAAGAGAAAGAGGAGGAUGAGAAAGAAAAGAAGGAAACGGAGGAGGAAAAGGAGGAAAAUGUGGAGCAGAAGGGAACGAAAAGAAGGAGGAACAGGAGAAAAAGGAGGAGAAGGAAGAAAAGGAGAAAAAUGAGCUUGAUAUUGAAAAGAGGAAGAGGAGGUAAAGGAGGAGGGAGAAAUGUUUACGAGGAAGAGGAGAAGUAGAAAGAAAAAGAGACAGAGGAAGUAAAGCAAAACAAAAAAAAGAGAGAGAGGAAAGAGAAAUUAGGUGAUUCGUUCAUGUUCUGGAAAGUACGUUAAAAAGAAUUCGAGAAAGAAACGUUCACGGAAAUGACUUGAAAUGUAGCCAAAAAAAAAAAAAAAAAAAAAAAAAAAAAAGACAGCUUGUUCGUUUACACUAAUUCUUAUUUUUGUUAC